CAAUUGCUGAUUUUAAUGGUUAUUAAUAUUUUUGAAAUAGUAUUGACAUCAAUGCGGUCUUGUGGAGUUUUAUGGAGUUUAUUAUUAUAUUAUUGAAGUGAAACAGGAAGGAAAAAAUGUCUACAAUUAAAUACCUGAAUGAAUUUUGCGAUAUUAUAGACACUUAUGGCGGCCGUGAUAAGGUUAUGAAGGCCUUAUGUUAUGGUACAAAAUUAAUUGGCGGCUAUUAUGCGGAUCGCAAGCCCGAAUUGGCGAAACGUUAUGCUAUUGCCAGCUCUCGAAUAUCAGGAGCACGUGCAACGUUACGUUUAAUUGAUGAUGUUCCUAUGAUUCAGUACGCCUUAGAGUAUGGAUGGGGUCAAAAUGAAAGUGAUCGUGUUAUGGCUUUAUUGGGGGUAACAGCGAAUCUAGUCGACCUAAUUUAUUAUCCAGUCGAAAAGAUAUGUUGGUUGGCUGAACAUAGAAUCGUAGAUGUGCAUAAUUACGAUUAUUGGGAUAAAGUUAAUACAAUAUUUUGGGUGCUGUCAGUUUACUUAAAUUUGAUGAGAACUCUAAGAAAUUUCGGGCUAAAUCAACAAAAGCUUAAUAAACUAAAUGAAAUGCAGAAACCAUCCAUUGAUGAUACGGUGUUAAGGAAACAUCGCCUUGAAGUGUGCUCCUUAGUGCGGUUGACUUUAGAUUUUGUGCAUGCCGUCAGUUACUUACCAAAAGGUUAUUUAUGGGGCGGCAAAUUGUCGACACUUCAGGUCGGUGCUGUUGGUACAUUAUCGUCUUUCUUAUACCUUUAUCAAAUAUUCACUAAGCGGAACCUUAACAAAUAACGUACUUUAAAAUUAGAUUGGUUCUUAGAGCAAUCCUGUCAGCUAAGUAAGUGUGUCCUUUCGUGCAACUAUAGGUUUAAACUAAGCUUAAUGUUAUUUGUAGAAAAAUUGAAAACAAAAUAUUUAGAUACAAGUUUGCGUCAAUUAUUGUAUUAUAACAUAUUGUAUCAACUGUACAUUAAGAAGAUCAAAAACAAUAAAAUGGCAAUAUUUUUCAAGAAAA